AAGAAGCAUUACUGUGUGCGAAUGCGCCCACCAAACUUAACCUAAAAAUGUUUGAAUUUUGUUAAUGUUUGUUUGAUCCCUUCAUUCAUAAUUUUAGCGAAGCAAUGGAUGCAACUUUAAAGACUUUUAUAAUUCCCAACGAGCUGUGCAGACGGGCGGGUAUCGUCGGUACAUGGGUGCGAGUGAACGAAUUGGGAGUUUUUCCUUCACAACACAUCAAGACAACCAAUAGUGAUUCCGUUAGCCUCUACGGUCCAAGCGAUGCGUCCGUAUUCAACGUUCGGCAACAAGUAGUCUUAUUCGAGCCCAUACUCCGAAAACUUGUCAACGAAGCUAACGGGAUCUUUUUAAGCGUUCAAGAGCUAAUGGGUAGCAAUGUGCCGGACUAUAAAAGCGAAUUAUUGAAAUUGAGCCGUCAGUAUCGCUCGAUCAUCCGCGCGUGUCUGGAGAAUUUACAGGAGGAAACUGUUCGUGCCAAAGCGACGUAUAAGGAAGAACUGCAGAAUUAUAUCACCAUUUUUUACUCGGUAGAGUGCAUUUGGCACCUUUGCGAAAUUCUCUUUGUCGAGAAUAUUCCAGGCGGAAUUGUCCUUCCCCAUCUUCUGGAGUGGGUGAGGUUUCAUUUUCCCAAGUACGAGCGUAACGCCGCAAGUUUAUUAAGGGAAGACGUGAUUGGCGCCGAGCUACAACCUUGUUAUUGGGAAACUGUCAUCGGAUCUCUGAUGCAAGGCAGAAUUGAGCUUGUUCAGGCGUUACUAGAAGUUCACAGUUCGGCGGACGGGAAACCAUUCCAAUUGGCCAUUCAAACACUAAGGACGAUGCCACUUUAUAAUAUUUAUGGUGGUAUCUCUGUAAGUGAAUUUAACUUAAAGUGGAAGCACUGGGUGUUAGAUACUCAGUCGAAAAUUGAAGCUAAAAUGUUUUCAUCAGAGCGUCAUUUGAAUCUCGUCAUGAGGUUGGCGGUAGGCGACGAAGUAGCAUGGGGCGAGAUGCAGACUCACCGUGAGCCGUGGUACGCUUUUCUGGCAGCUUCCCUCUUCUUUAAGGAGCCAACAGUAAAAGCUUUCGAACUCGGCCAGUUUGCACGGCAGUGUAUAGCAAAAGUGGGAGGAGCCGUGAAAAUGCGCCAUUUGGAUCAAGUUUUGCUGGCAUCUAUGGAAUUGGAUAUUAUUCAGGUGAUAAAAGAAAUACAACAAAUGUCCGAAAAUGGAUGGUUUGUCAGUCAUUUAGUCGAUCUUCUUUAUCAUGCCGGUCGUCUUGAGGGGUUAUAUAGUGAUGAAACCAAAGUGAUUGGCAGUCGUCUACGCGAAUCUUUCCUACUAGACUAUGGCACAUUGCUCAUGGGCCACCAUUCACUGUGGCAAGUGGGCUUGAAUUAUCUGGAUCACUGCCCGACAGAAGGACUGUCAACAAUCGAGCUUUUACUACCCGCACUGCCCUUGAAAUCUGAGGCACGCACGCAAAAAAUAAUACGCGAGGCUCACAAGCGAGAUAUGCCACAAAUUGUACAAAGCAUUUGUAAAGUACACACAAUGGAUUCCAUAUCGAAAGGACGUUUGGGAAAUGCUCUGACUUGGGGGUUAAAAUCGCAAGACGGCGGAUUUACCUCACUUAUUGCGGAUAAAUUUUUGCGCAAAUACAAAGAAACGGGAGUAUUGCUGAAUGAAGAUUUGCUCGACAAUUUAGGUUCCUCGAUGCUCAUUAGCGAUCGGCUCAUAUUUCUAGGUAAAUACUUCGAAUUUCACAAAGAAUAUCGGCUAAAGAAUUACAAGGAAGCGGCAAAUAUACUCAUUUCUUUGCUCGCAUCGAAACUUACACCGAGAUACUUUUGGGACACAUUACUAUGCGACGCAAUAAAUUUGUUGGAAAAUAACGUUAUGGUCAUCUCAUCUACGGAUACUUACACAUUACUCCAUAGUCUAGAAGAAAAAUGUGAACUUCCCGAGCUGAAGGAUAAAAUCGAUUUGAUUCGAUUAGGUGCUGCGAGAAAUCUGUCUCGUGCCCUUUUAUAUGAAAUGCAAUUGGAUAAAAAAUACACCUGAGUACUAUUCUUUUUUAAAUAAAAAUAAAACAAAUAA